AAUUGUCAAAAACUAUAUUGCGCGCAUCUACUCUCCUCUCUGUUUUUGUUUACCUUUUUCCGGUGGGAAACCGAUUCAAGGACAGUUUCAGGAAAUUGUAAUUUCAUGCUGAUACGUCGGCUAAUCUUAAAACUGGAAAGCGACGAAGAGACGCUACUACUGUGCCUGAUGUACGUAUUAACAUGGACGAUCCGAUUACUAAUUCAAUUGAAUCUAAGCGACGGUGCUUGGACGAAGAUACCAAUGAUGUCGUUGAAUCUAAGCGAUCCCGUGUGGAUGACAUAGCAGAUAAUGUUGAAGCGAUAGAUGCACCAAUUCAAGAGCUCCAAUCUACAAUGCCGGACAACGGGUCACCCAUCUCCACUUUGAAUGACCAUUGUUUGCAAGAAAUAUUCAAGCAAAUCAGCAUCGUUGAUUUAAGCCGUGUAGCCGAAGUUUGUAAACGAUUCAAACGGAAUGCUGAGGAAAUAUUUUCGUUGCGCCACGCAAAACGAUUCCGUUUCGUGUCAUUGACUCUGGUGAAGCCGGAGGUUCUACGCAACUUUUCCAAUUUAAUCAAAACCGUUUACUUGAACGGAUCGCAGGCUUAUCGUUGUUUGACCGGUUUCAAUGAAAAUAGUUUGAUUCAAGCGCUUCACUUACGCAGUGCACACAUUGACGUCGCGACAUUGCAGCCGUUGCUGGGCAAAUUGACAUCGCUCGAGAUUUCAAGCUGUGAAUUUGACGGUGAUCCAGCAGAUCUGCUGUCAUUUUGCAGUAAACUUCAGUAUCUGAAGGUCAAGCUAACUUCAUUCGGGGGAUUGACACCGUGCACGAUACCAAAACUACAAAAAUUUGAAUAUGACAACUACGAAUACACCGAACAAUUGCUCUCGUUCAUCGAAUCAAAUCCUCAGCUUUCAUCCAUUUCCGUUACGACCCUCAACAGGGUACACACACCGAAGGACUUCCAGCAACAUUUACUGCAAUUCGGGAAUUUUAGGUCGUUGAAUUCACUAAAAUUACCUUGCUUUAACCUAGACGUGACUCCGCUCAUUGCAUCCAUGCGUACCAACAACAUUCGCAUACAACUGCUUCAAUUGAUUGAUUGUCGAAUAAUUGAACCGGCUACGGCUUUCCAGCAUUUGUUCCAAAUGAAGGGAAUCAAAAAUUUAUCGCUAACUGGUAUCGAAGCUCUAUCUCACGAACACUUCAUUGGCUUGGCGAAGAAAUUACCCGAACUGAAAGUGCUGCGAUUAGAAACGCAACACAACACCAAAUCCACACUCACAAUCAGUGACAUCAAACAAUUCGUUCGACACGCGAAAAACAUCCAUUUGCUCACCGUCGGUGUCGUAAGCAAUGUGACAAUCGAUCGUGACUCGUACAAUGAUUUAUUGGGUCUAUUGGCUACGGGUGGUCGUAAGACGUUGACGAUUACCUUCAUCUAUGUAAAUUCGAUGAAAAUUUCCGUACCAAAGGAGACUUUAAAGGCGCACAAGGAAAAGAUUCGAAUUGUUGGAAUCAAGUAUGACGAUUACAUGGACUACAUGCAUGAUGAUGGUAAUGACAGCGAACCGGAUGACUAUGAUGAUGACGACGACGACGACGAUGAUGACGAUAGUGAUGAUGUCAGCGACGAUGAGGACGACAAUGUAUCGAACCACUCAAAUGCAAGUGAUGACGAGAGUGCAACUAGCAGCAGCAGUGAUGAAGAUUCCGACGAAAGUUCGAAUUUUGCUUCGAUUCUGGGAUCAGAUGAUGACUCGGAUGAAAAUUCGCAUGACAGUUGGUUGGAUGAUGUAUAUAAGAAAUGAUGUUAUUUGUUCAGGUUGGAUGCCCGAGCAUGUUUCGUUGCGCCAAGGGUACUCAAUUUAGUGAGUAAAUAUUGUUUGCAAAACC